AGCCCUUCAUCAGUGGUGGGGCUCGUGGAGGCGGUGAUGGCGACAGUGACGUAUUCCGAUUAUUCCGUCUUUCUCCUCAUGGAUGGCAGCACCUCCCCCUCCAUUGUCUACAGUUUGGUAGAUUAUCUACGGGUCCCUGGAGGUGUUGGGAUCUUUGAGGUAACAGCUGACGACGAGGAACUGAGUAGAAUGGAGGAUCAGCUUUCUCACCUAAUCACUAUGAUAAAGUUGCUACGGCAACUUUCAUCACACACAACCAUUGUGGUCAUAAGUGAUGAUCCAGCAUUCUUAGCCGUGUUCGCCGAGUGGUCCCUCAAGAGCCGCCUCAUGGUGUGGUCGACGAAGCUCCUCGCCGUCACCCACCUGCCAGUCUCCAAGCUUCAUCACCUACAGGAGACAUUCUCCAAGAUGAAUGCCAUGUUGGCUAUCAUCAAGGAUAUCUCGACUAAUAUCAGGUGCAGCAUAUACGUACACCUUCCGUACAGCCCUCCGGGAGCCCAGGCGUUGAAGGUUGCCUCCUGGACGCCCCUUCGUGGCCUCACUCUCACCACUCGCCUCCCGCUCUUCCCUGACAAGUUCUCCAAAUUCUCUCACAGGCCAAAUUUGCUGGCAGCAUCAGAAGGAAACCCAUUUAGUAAAUUGAUUAUAAGUAAGAAUCCGGAAGCCCCUGAGAGACAGAGGCUCAAGUUCGAGGGUCCUCUCCCAAAGCUCCUGGAUUGCCUCGCCGAAGCUCUCAAUUUUACUUACAGAUAUGUGCGGCCUCCUGACAGGUUGUGGGGCGUAAAGCUUGACAAUGGCUCCUGGAACGGCAUGGUGGGCAUGGUGAUGAGGGAGGAAGUAAGCAUAGGUGUUGGCCCAUUUAUUCUUAAUAAAGCCCGUGCAGAAGUGAUGGACUUUACUUUUCCAAUACUGACGGACUACUGGAGGAUCCUGGGUGCUCGAGGGAGGCCAGAGGUGGACCCGUGGGGCUUCUUGAUGCCCUUAGCGCCAUUUGUAUGGGUGGCCAUCCUGAUAACAUUACUGAUAUUAGCUGCGAUAGUGUUCCUCAUGUCUUCAUGCUUCUCCCCUCAAACCAAAAAUCAAGGGACCUGGCUACAAAUCAUGUUCUCCUACUUCCGCAUACUGCUACAGCAAGAUAUAUUGGUGUCUGAUGACUGGUGGUGGGAACGGGUAGCGUUGGGACUGUGGAUGUUGAUGACGCUGGUGUUAACAAGGAGCUACUCCAGUACCCUCAUGUCCCUCCUGGCAGUGAGACACAUCUCAGAGCCUUACCACAGCCUCCGGGAGGUGCUUGCUGACUCUUCGGUUACCAUGUUGUGGUUAAAAGGCACACCUGUAUGGCGCUACCUAACCACUGUAGAAUCUGGUAAAUUCCGUGAGGCCGCCGAUCUGGAGAAGGAAGGUCGCCUCUUAUGGAGGAGGCACGCACAGUUUCCAAAGGAUAUGGACAUCUGGGUCAGGCGGGGCACUUACGUUCUCGUGGAUGUACAUAAUGCUCUGAUAAUGUCCAUAGCUAAAGACUUCACGGAGACAGGAGAAUGCUCAUUCUAUGAGUCCAGAGAAGAAUUCCUGCCUCUAAUACUUGCUAUGGUUGGCUCAAAGGGCAGUCCACUGGUGCCAGCGUUAAGUAAAAGAAUAAUGUCAAUAACGGAAGCUGGGUUAGUUUUUCACUGGAUUAAAACUGAAGAGCCAAACUCCACUGUGUGUCACCGCGUUCCUACCAAGGUCACUGUCAAGACAACUCUCUCUCUUAUUAAUAUAUGGGGAAUGUUCGUGAUCCUCGCUGCUGGACACGUUGUCAGUGUGUCUGUACUCUAUCUUGAGCUCCUGAAAGUUCGUCUUCAAAAUAAUAAGAAUCAUAAGACAUGAGGCUUCUUGAUUUAGCUUUUUUUUGUGUAUUUAUCUCAAACCUUAGUUAGUUCUCAAAUCUCUAACACUUAGUUUGUUAAAUGUUUUCUUUCCAAUAAUAAUGUAAGAGUAUACUGUAGUUACCAAACAAUUUCAGUGCAUCUUAGAAGUUAUUUUCGAGUAUCUUGAGGCCAUUACCAUAAAGAGACAUUUUACAAUUUCCAUUGAGAAGAGAAGUUUAACCAGAUUGUUUUGAAAAUAUACGAUUUAUCUGAAUAAAUUUUCGAGACAAUACCCCAACCACCCAAUGUUACUCAUUGUACAUGUAUAUCAGAAUGCCUGUAACACCUGUAGACGCUCUACUCAACAACUCUAAGCACACACUAUUUAAACAAAAAUAUGAUCUCAUUCCGCACUGCACUCUGUAACAUUACCGUCUCUUGUCCCUUCUUAUUUCUACUAGUACGUUAUA